ACGUUUCGCUUUACGGCAGCUUACCACUUCCUUUAGCGUCGUCAGGCCGACUCGCAGAUUCCUAUCCCACCGCGCGGUUGUUAUAAACUGCUCCUAAAGACGUCAAAACGUCUGAGGUAAAGCCAGACUCCGUUCUGUGAAUAUGCAUGAAAACGCUCCGGAGAUGGCGAAGUUCCACGCCCCUGUGAUCCAGGACAACCCUUCGGGUUGGGGUCCCUGCGCGGUGCCGGACAAGUUCAAGGACAUGCCUUACCAGCCCUUCAGCAAGGGGGACCGUCUGGGAAAGGUGGCUGACUGGACCGGGGCAACGUAUCAAGACAAGCGAUACACGAAUAAGUACUCCUCCCAGUUCGGCGGCGGGAGCCACUACGCCUACUUCCACGAGGAGGACGAGACCAGCUUCCAGCUGGUGGACACGGCCAAGACGCAGAAGACGGCCUACCAGAGGAACCGCAUGCGCUUCGCCCAGAGGAACCUGCGGCGGGAUAAGGACCGCCGGAACAUGACGCAGUUCAACAUGCAGACGCUGCCCAAGAGCGCCAAGCAGAAGGAGAGGGACCGCAUGCGCCUGCAGAAGAAGUUCCAGAAGCAGUUUGGUGUCCGUCAGAAGUGGGACCAGAAAUCUCAGCUGAAGCCCCGCGACUCCUCCGUUGAGGUGAGGAGCGACUGGGAGGUGAAGGAGGAGAUGGACUUCCCCAGGCUCAUGAAGAUGAGAUACAUGGAGGUGGCCGAGCCCACUGACAUUGAGAGCUGUGGCGCCCUGGAGUUCUACGACAAGGCCUUCGACCGCAUCACCACCCGCAACGAGAAGCAGCUGCGCAGCAUCAAGAGGAUCUUCCACACCGUCACCACCACCGACGACCCCGUCAUCCGCAAGCUCGCCAAGACCGUGGGCAACGUGUUUGCCACGGACGCCAUCUUGGCCACCCUGAUGUGCUGCACCCGCUCGGUCAACUCCUGGGACAUCAUCGUCCAGCGGGUGGGCAACAAGCUGUUCUUCGACAAGAGGGACAACUCUGACUUUGAUCUGCUGACGGUGAGCGAGACGGCCAACGAGCCCCCCCAGGACGAGGGCAACUCCUUCAACUCCCCCCGCAACCUGGCCAUGGAGGCCACCUACAUCAACCACAACUUCAGCCAGCAGUGUCUGCGCGUGGGAGGCGAGCGCCACAAGUUCCCCAACCCCAACCCCUUUGUGGAGGAGGACAUGGACAAGAGCGAGGUGGCGUCGGUGGCCUACAGGUACCGUCGCUGGCAGCUGGGGGAGGACAUCGACCUGAUCGUCCGCUGCGAGCACGACGGUGUGAUGACCGGGGCCAACGGAGAGGCGUCCUUCAUCAACAUCAAGACCCUCAACGAGUGGGACUCCCGGCACUGUAACGGGGUGGACUGGCGCCAGAAGCUGGACUCCCAGAGGGGUGCGGUGCUCGCCACCGAGCUGAAGAACAACAGCUACAAGCUGGCCCGCUGGACCUGCUGCGCCCUGCUGGCCGGGUCCGAGUACCUCAAGCUGGGGUACGUGUCCCGCUACCACGUCAAGGACUCGGCCCGCCAUGUGGUCCUGGGCACCCAGCAGUUCAAGCCCAACGAGUUCGCCUCGCAGAUCAACCUGAGCAUGGAGAACGCCUGGGGCAUACUGCGCUGCGUCAUCGACAUCUGCCGCGCUCUGGACGAGGGGAAGUACCUCAUCCUCAAGGACCCCAACAAGCAAGUGAUCCGCGUCUACAGCCUCCCGGACGGAACCUUCAGCUCCGACGAGGAUGAGGAGGAGGACGAUGACGAAGAGGACGAGGAGGAAGAGGAUGAGGAGAAUUGAGCCGGACUGUUACAGCGACGACUUCACCUCCCUCAGCUCCGCGUGGAAACGCUUAUCAAGAAAUAAAUAAAGAUAUGGAAGAUUGGA